AUGCAUAAAGAAAUAGAAGUUUAUGUCGAUGAUAUGAUUGCCAAGUCCCGGGGAGAAGAAGAGCAUGUUGGGAACCUCAGGAAGCUGUUCGAAAGAUUAAGAAAGCUUCAAUUAAAGCUUAACCCAACCAAGUGUACAUUUGGGGCUACCUCAGGAAAAUUGUUAGGUUUCAUUGUCAGCGAGAGAGGUAUUGAGGUUGAUCCAGACAAGAUAAAGGCCAUACAAGAACUGCCACCUCCGCGUACACAAAAAGAAGUCAAAAGAUUUUUGGGAAGGUUGAACUACAUUGCUCGAUUCAUUUCUCAACUUACCAACCAAUGUGAUCCAAUUUUUCGACUCCUUCGAAAACGUAAUUCGGGAGAAUGGAAUGAGGAGUGCCAAAUGACCUUCGAGAAGCUAAAGCAGUAUCUAUCUAAUCCUUCGGUGCUAGUACCGCCGACCCCUGGAAAACCUUUAAUAUUGUAUCUGACCGUAUUUGAAAACUCAAUGGGUUGCAUAUUAGGGCAACAUGAUGAGUCCGGGAAAAGAAAAAAGACGAUUUACUACCUCAGCAAAAAGUUCAUAGAAUAUGAGGCAAAGUACCCGUCAAUUGAAAAAUUCUAUUGUGCAUUGGUCUGGAUCCGAUUAUCUGAGUAUAACAUUGUGUAUGUGAGCCAAAAGUCGAUAAAGGGAAGCACGAUAGCUGACUUCUUGGCAAGUCGAACAAUGGAAGAAUAUGAAUCGUUGAGAUUCGAUUUCCCAGAUGAAGACUUAAUGUUCAUUUCUGAAGAAGCCGCUUCGUUUGCUAAUGUGACGAAGACUGCAGUCUGCAGAUUCCUUAAAAAGGAGAUCAUAUGUCGAUAUAGUUUGCUUGAAAGGAUCAUUUCAGAUAAUGCUUUGAAUCUGAACAAUAAGAUGAUAAAAGAGGUAUGUGAGCAAUUUCAGAUAAAUCAUCAUAAUUCCUUACCUUAUCGCCCGAAUAUGAACGGAGCAGUAGAAGCGGCUAAUAAGAACAUUAAGAGGAUUAUCGGGAACGAGAAGCUACCAUUCGCUUUGUACGCAUAUCGCACCUCUGUACGGACAUCUACGGGGGCAACCCAUUUUUUUCUGGUCUAUGGAAUGGAAGUUGUUCUGCCUAUCGAAGUGGAGAUCCCAUCCUUACGCGUCUUGAUGGAGUCAAAACUAGAAGAAUUAGAAUGGGUUCGAGCUCGAUACGAUAAGCUAAACAUUAUUGAAGGGAAAUGCUUGAAGGCAAUUUGUCAUAGAUAG